AUGGCCAAUACUGAUUCAAAGAAUAGCUUCAAUGAAGAGAUUCGUGACUUGGAGCGCUUGGUGGCAGUUUGGGAAAACCAUGGUCACUCAUGUACGAAUUUUGAAUCCAUCACCGACCUCAUUACGCAAAAGCUGGUUGGUCUGGACGCACUCGGUGAUAAUGACAUCCACGGUACUUCUUUGAAAGAUCUUGGCCGCUUGGUAGGCAUACGUAACACGAUCUUCCAGCUCAACAUUUGUACAACGCGAAAUUACGGCGAAUACUGGGGCAUCCUCGAUGCGUUUAAAGAAGAUGGUCACCGUUCUCUUCGCUCUGAACCCUGUGGACGCAACGUCAGAUCUUCGUUGCCUAAAGACGUUAGAGGAAUGGGCCGCGCUCGGCUUCCAGACGACGAAGUAUCCUAUAGCGUCUUCAGCAUCCGGCAGCUUGCUCGAUUAUGUCGUCUUCAUGGGGCUGAAUGCCCUGUUGGAGGCGUUCAAGAAGGGACCCGUAGUCGCAGACGAUGCCAAGUCAAUGAGGUCUUGAAGCUGGCCGCGAAGCUACGAGACACGCUACCUCCCCAGUUCCACAUCUGGAUCGACAAAAUUGUUGCGCAGAAGCUCCGUAUCUUGAGCAUACGUCAGGCUGGGAAGUCCGAUGUGAGUGGGCACCAUAUUCGAUCGUAUUAUGUUGCCGCUCACAAUGGAAAGAGCCUUCGUUGA